AGCAGAGCAAAGCGCCCCCGCCCCCGCGCGCGCACACAUACGUAGCCACAGCGGCCUCUUCCUCUCCACUCCAACUCCAAGCCAAGGAGAACGCGAUGGGGUGCGGGCAGUCCAAGGAGGACGCGGAGGGCGCGGUGGCGCGGUGCCGGGAGCAGAAGAACCUGCUGCGGGCGGCCGUCGAGGCGCGGCAUGGGCUGUCAGGGGCGCACGCGGCCCACGCCGCCGCGCUCAGGAACGUCGGGGCCGCGCUCUCCGACUACGCCAGCGGCGAGGCGCACGAGGGCGCGCUGCGCCACUCCGCCUCGGCCGCCGCGGUCAUGUCCUCCUCCGGCGGCGCCGGCGCCCAGGCCGCCGCGCUCGCGCUCCCGCCGCCGCCGCCGCCGCCGGGCCCGCCAGAGGACUCGCCGGCGCUCGUCAGGUCCAUGAGCGCGCCCGACCUGCCCCUCCAGCCGGCGAUCAAGAAGAAACCAUCCGGCGAGGCGCCAAUCAUGGAGGAGGACGACGAGGGCGAGGACCCGCGCCGUCCGGAGGAGGAGGCCCAGCUGCAGCCGCCUCCUCCUCCGCCUCCGACGCACCAGCCCCCUCCCACACGCGCCCCGCCCUCCCUGCCUCCGGACGCGGGGCACAAGGCGGGUUCCUGGGAUGAGUUCAUUUUCGGGCCCCGGGACGGCAUAUCUAUCCCGCCGCUCACGCUGGGAUCCAGCGCAGCCGCCUCGUGGGAAGCUGAGCGGGCGGAGGCCGCUGCGCCGCCGCCACCGCCGCCCGAUCCAGAGGAACAGGCUCAGCUUCCGCCUCGACCGCCAGCGCCAUCGACGGCUGCUGAAGAAGUGGCCGAGGGAAAGAAGCCAGCGGUGGAGCCCGUGGCGCGGCGGGCGUUGACGCAGAAGGCCGCGAGGAGAACCGAGGGCAAGAAAGGCAGGACGGUGGUGCUGGUCCCGCCGCAGGCUGCAAGGCUCGGCGAUAUCCUGCGGGACCUCGACGAUCACUUCCUCAAGGCAUCCGACAGUGCGCACGAGGUGUCCAAGAUGCUAGAGGCGGCACGGAUGCACUACCACUCCAACUUCGCCGAGACGCGAGGAUUUGUGGAUCAUUCUGCUAGAGUGAUGCAAGUUAUCACUUGGAAUCGCUCAUUUAAAGGGAUACCACAACCUGAACAAGUGAAGAAUGAUUUAGACGAUGACGAAUGGGAAACGCAUGCUACCAUUCUCGAGAAGCUUCUUGCUUGGGAGAAAAAGCUAUCCCAUGAAGUGAAGGAGUUCGAGGUUAUUAAAAUGGAAUAUCAACAAAAGCUAGCUGCUCUGAACAAGAAGAAGCAGCGUGGUGCCAGUUCUUCAUCACUUGAGAGGGCUAAAUCUGCUGCUAGUCACUUGCAUACAAAAUAUAUAGUUGAUUUGCAAACAAUGGAGUCCACAAUUGCAGAAAUUAACCGGCUGAGAGAUCAACAACUGUAUCCAAAACUUCUUGAACUUGUGAAAGGGAUGUGGCAUAUGUGGGAUGCAAUGUACGCGCACCACAAAGCGCAGUUCAAGAUCAUCUCAGAGCUCAAAUCGUUUGACAUCUCAGUUGCUUUAAGGGAAACAAGUGAGCAACAUAACGAACGGACUGUGCAGCUCUGGCACAUUGUGCAGGAGUGGUGCUCACAGUAUGACAAGUUCAUGAGAUAUCAGAAGGAGUACGUAGGGAACCUCUACAGCUGGAUCAAGCUGAAUGUGAUUCCCAUCGAUACCAACCUGAAGCCUAACUCGUCACAACCGGUUGAGACGACGCCUCCAAUCAAGAGGCUGCUGCACGCUUGGCACGAUAUCCUUGAGAAGCUCCCUGAUGAUGCUACGAAGAAGGCCAUACACACUUUUGGGGAAGUUAUACAUACAAUCCUGGUCCACCAGGAUGACGAAAUAAAACUGAGGGUAAAGAUUCAGGAGACCAGGAGGGAACAUGAGAAGAAGAAGAGGCAUUUCGAAGACUGGGCACAGAAAUACAUGGAGAAAAGAGCAGGCAUUCCUCCUGAGGCCGGCAACUCCGACGGAACGCGCGCUGACCCCCUGGUGGAGCGGAAAGCCACCGUGGAGAGGUUGGAGCUUGGUCUGAAAGACCUGGAAGAGCAGUACACGAAGCAAUGCAGAGUAGUCAGGGAGAAGUCCCUUAGCCUCCUCCGGACGAACCUGCCAGAGCUGUUCCGUGUUGUGUCAGACUUCUCCCUCCAGUCGGCCGCGAUGUUCAAGGGCCUAUGGUCGAUCACGAGCACGAGUGACCAGCUGGACGAUUGAUUUCAGUUUGCGGUGUUGUGCUGCUUCAGUGAUUUUGGAUUCGUGUGUCCUUGUUGAUAAGUUCUUUGUUGCUAUAUAUUUAUUUUGAGCUGCAGUGCAAAAAUGAAAAGUAUAGGCUAACUCUUGUUGAGUUAUGAUGGUUGUUGUAAUAAUGUAUGUAUAGUAGUAGUUCUGUAUACUGUUUGGAUAGCGAACACUGUUUUGUUUCAAAUACGGAGUAUCAACAGUUUUGUAGGUUUUACUACGUGAUAAA